AUGGCCAACGGCACAAUGUGUUUUGAUGUCGUCGAUGGCAUCAAGUCGAACCAAACAGCGAUUCAAUUAUGGGAGUGCGCCGAUGGAAACAUAAAUCAAAUGUGGGAAUUCCUACCAACCGGGCAAUGGGCAGUAGCAAAGUGGAAAGGUCAAGAUAUGUGCAUGUGCUCGAACGUUACUUCAGGAGCGGACGGCAAUGUGACGAUCUUUAGUUGUAUGCCGAACAGUCUGAACAAGGAAUGGGUCACCCUGUCCCUGCGGUACAGUUGA